UAGUCGAACUUGACCUAGAUCUUAAAUUGUGUUACCCCAGUCACCGAAUGUAUACGCUAACAAAAUAUAAGACCUUGGGGUAACUUACGAGAAAUUUGAUUGGUAAUAGAUUAUGGGGUGUUCUAAUAAACCAACGCCACCACAACCAAAAUAAUAAUAAUAAUAAUAAUUAAAUUAAGAUUAUCUCCUUGCAUUAUCUUAACCCACUGUAUUAUCUCCUUCAUGCUUACCUGUAUAUAAAAGGACAGUGCAUGUAGGUCAUGUUGCCGAAUUUAAGUCUCUGCUAAACAACUUUCCAUUACAAUAUAUUAUUGAAUAAUUGAAUUGCACUAGCUCUCUCUCUCUUGGUGGUAGAAAAGGUCAUUAAUACGGCAUCAAUGAACAGGACUCUAACUCCAACCCUAUAUAAAGCCAUCCCAGUUCUUUACAUUCUCAUCCCAAAGGCAUUGGUGUAAAUACAUUAUACAUAUAUACAAAGAGCUGUUCUAUGUACUCUUGGCUAGGGUCUUCCAGAGACAAGUCCAUGGACAGCUCAUUUGGCUUCAUUUCUACCACGAUUCUAGGUCUGGUUUUGGCAUUGUGGACAGUGGCUCCACAAGCCGAAGCCCAAGCCCAAGCCCGGGCUUUCUUCGUGUUCGGAGACUCACUCGUCGACAAUGGCAACAACAACUAUCUCCUCACCACUGCCAGAGCCGACGCUCCUCCAUAUGGCAUUGACUACCCUACUCACCAUCCCACCGGACGCUUCUCUAAUGGCCUUAACAUACCAGACAUUAUCAGUGAGGAAAUGGGUACUGAACCAACAAUGCCAUACUUGAGUCCACAGCUCACAGGAGAGAGACUACUUGUUGGUGCCAACUUUGCAUCUGCUGGGAUAGGGAUCCUCAAUGACACCGGAAUUCAGUUUGUGAAUAUAAUCCGAAUUGGGAAACAAUUGGAGUAUUUUGAACAGUAUCAGCAACGGGUGAGUGGACUCAUCGGAUCCGAUCAGACUCAGAGACUCGUAAAUGGUGGUCUUGUCCUCAUAACCCUAGGCGGGAAUGACUUCGUUAACAACUAUUACUUGGUUCCUUUCUCUGCAAGAUCGCGUCAAUUCGCGCUUCCUGAUUAUGUUCCUUUUCUCAUUUCUGAGUAUCGAAAAAUUUUAAUGAGGCUAUAUGAUUUGGGGGCUAGAAGGGUUCUGGUGACCGGAACCGGACCAAUGGGUUGUGUCCCGGCAGAGUUAGCACAGCGGAGCAGAACCGGUGAAUGUGCAGUGGAUCUGCAGCGUGCCGCGGCAUUGUUCAACCCACAACUUGUUGAAAUGAUAAAUGGACUCAACGGUGAACUUGGAAGUGAUAUCUUUGUUGCUGCUAAUACAGCGGAAACGCAUUAUGAUUUCAUUUCUGAUCCUCAAGCUUAUGGGUUUGUUACGUCGAAGAUAGCAUGUUGUGGCCAAGGACCUUACAAUGGGCUCGGACUUUGCACGCCGCUGUCAAACCUAUGCCCAAACAGGGAUUUGUACGCGUUUUGGGAUCCAUUCCAUCCAUCCGAAAGGGCGAACAGACUGAUUGUGCAGCAGAUCAUGAUCGGCUCGACCAAGUACAUGCACCCCAUGAACCUCAGCACCAUCCUGGCCUUGGAUUCCAGGACCUAAUUUACAGUCUUUAUUCUAUAGUAAUUAAUUAAUUAAUGUUCAAUAUCCUGGGUGUUUUUGUAUCUUAAACUCAUGCUGUUUAAUUUGUUUCUAUGAAUGUGGUGAAACUAUAUUAGAGAGUGCAUAUGUGAGUGCAUAUGUUAUCAAUUUUUAUGCCUAAUUCAAGCUGUUUAAUUCAGUAA